CCUUGACGGGACUUCAACUAAGACGCUACACCAGCGUGCCGGGACAUAAUGAAACCAGAAGGAGGUGGAGGUUUUCGUGGUGGACGUGGUAGGGGUGGACAAAGACAUAGCUUUGGUGGUGAGAAAAAGACUGAUGGUGAUGGUGGUGGUGGCGGUAGAGGGGGACGGUUCAGUGAAAGAGGAGGAUUCCGCGGUGGUCGAGGUGGUGACUUCGGGGGCCGCGGCAGAGGCAGAGGACGUGGAGGGUUUGGUCGAGGUACGCCACGAGGUAGAGGUGGCCGUGGAGGAGGAGGAGGAAUGAGAGGUGGGAGGAAGGUAAUGAUAGAGCCCCACAGACACGAGGGUAUUUUUGUUGCAAAAGGCAAAGAAGAUUGUCUUGUGACAAGAAAUGUGGUCGUUGGGGAAUCAGUUUACGGUGAAAAGCGUAUCAGUGUUGAAGAUGAUGCUGGGGGAAAGAUUGAAUACAGAGUUUGGAAUCCGUUCAGAUCUAAGCUGGCUGCCGGCAUAGUCAAUGGGCUGGAUCAGAUUCACAUCAAACCAGGCUCUCGUGUGUUGUACUUGGGCGCCGCCAGUGGGACCACUGUUUCUCAUGUUUCCGACGUAGUUGGCGAAGAAGGAGUCGUGUAUGCAGUCGAGUUUUCACAUCGUUCAGGGCGUGACCUUUUAAACGUUGCAAAGCAUCGUACUAAUGUAGUUCCCAUCAUUGAAGAUGCCAGACACCCGCACAAAUAUCGAAUGUUGGUUGGUAUGGUGGAUUGUAUAUUUGCCGAUGUUGCUCAGCCUGACCAAUCGAGGAUAGUUGGUGUUAACGCAGAGUAUUAUUUGAAGAAUGGUGGUCAUGCCGUUAUAUCUAUUAAGGCAUCAUGCAUUGAUUCGGUUGCUGCCCCUGAAGUCGUGUUCGCAAAAGAGGUAGAUACACUCAGAAAGCUACAGUUCACACCUCGAGAACAAGUUACUCUGGAACCGUUUGAGCGCGGUCAUGCAAUGGUGACAGCUCAGUAUAGAGCGCCAAAGAAAGUGAAAACCGAACAAUCAUAAAUGUAUUUGCAACAUAUGUACAUAAAUAUAAGUUUUCAUUUGUA